AAAUUUUAAGACAUUGAUCUGGCUUACAGUUGCGUUUUCGCGUUAAAACUAUUUUCUGAUGAAUGAUGUCUGGAAACUAUUACUUUGUCAUUGUUGGUCACCAUGAUAAUCCUGUCUAUGAAAUGGAGUUUUCUCCUCCAAAUAAACCAAAUGAGAAGAGAGAUGACCACAGACAUCUCAACCAGUUCAUAGCACAUGCAGCACUAGAUCUUGUGGAUGAACAGAUGUGGUCUACAAACAACAUGUAUCUGAAAAUUGUUGAUAAAUUUAAUGAGUGGUUUGUUUCGGCAUUUGUUACUGCUGGGCGAAUGAGAUUCCUGAUGUUGCAUGAUGUAAAAAAUGAAGAUGGAAUUAAAAACUUUUUCACAGAGAUCUAUGAGACUUAUGUAAAAUUUGCAAUGAAUCCAUUCUAUGAGAUCAACACGGCUAUCAAAUCACCAUCUUUUGAUAAGAAAACACAAUUUUUCGGCAAGAAAUACUUAGUUGGAUAAUGUGUUCAAAAGUAGAUGGUUUGUCUUGUGUUGAAAUUGUAUUUAUGUUAUGUGAGAUUUAGAUUUUAAUGAAUGCUGAGCAUUCAAGAAUUGUUGUAUUUUGCAGUUUGUCAAAUUUGCAUUUGCAACUCAUGCCCAUGGUUUUUUUUUCAAUUCAUUUUUUAUCAAUAUAAAAUUAAUGAUAUACCAUGUAUUAUUUCUAUUGAUAUUAUUUUAGUAUCUAGUUGUAUAUCUGUUAAGCGAAAUAUUUUUUGUAUAAUUUAAACUUAAAAACUUGUAUAAUCUUACUUGAAGUUGAAGUUAG